AAAAAUGGCAUUAAGAGACGGUUUGAUCUCAUAUAAGAAAAAAGAAGCACCUAACAUAAAAUUUAUUAAUGAAAAGUACCUGAAUAUCGGACUAAAAAUGAAAAAAUUUGAUAUUAAUCUUAUGCAAUUUUAUAUUGUUGAUGAUAAUAAUUAUUCUCUUGAAAAUAUACCUAAAAAUAUUAAAUGUUUUGUUUGUUCAGGCUUUAAAAAAUUGGAAAAAGAAGUAAAAAAAAUUGAUGAAGUUGAAGGAUGGAUUAUUUCUUGGCAUGAAGAUUUUGUAUUUGAAAUUGAUAACAAAGCUUUUUUUUGGUUACAAACUUUACAUUCUCAUGCGAUGUGUCAUUUAAAAGAAUGGAAAAAGGUUAAAAUUGAAUUACUUGAAUAUAAUGUUGAAAAUAAUGAAA